AUGGCAGCUGUUCACCUCAGUCCUCGGCCCCCGCUGUCACCACCUUUGGAGUUCUUUGCUGAUUGUCCCAAGUUCCGUCUGUUGGUCCUUGGGAACCCAGAAUCAACCAAGCAAGAACUCUUUUCCAAAAUAUUUGGCGUUGAACUGUCGAAGAAAGCAGUUGAUGACUUCUUCAAUCAAACCCACGACAUCGAACAGGAGCUCGAGCUACAGGGCCAAAACGAGCGUCUGAUCAUUCACACGUCUCUAAACCUCGGCGCCGCCGACGAGAGUGACUAUCACCGGUUGUGCGACUUCUUACGAUCUCGGUCCACUCUCACCACACCACUGCAAGACCGCAUUCACUGCAUCUGGUAUUGCGUAGCGAGCGAGGAGGACAGAUCUGUUUUGGAGAUCGAGGCUCGCUUCCUCACAAAAGGGCUGCCCUCGGCAGCGCCCAACGUGCCCCUCGUCCUCGUUUUCACAAAGUAUGAGGAAUUUGUAGCCCGCGUCAAGAUCGAGUGGUCGCGCGAUGCUCAGGAGCAGGGCUUGUCGAAGGUUGCUGUGUCGCAUAUCUUGCGGGAUCUGUCAUCGAAGAAGUUCGAGCAGGCUAUCGGCCGCAAGUGGAAUGGUGUUUUGGAGGCAUCAGUUCCCCGAGUGAAAAUAUCGAGUGGCGACAGCGAGGAUGAUGUCCGGAGCUUUGAGGAGCUUGCUGAGAGCACCCUCUCGACACUGCAAAACCGGUCUGUAAAGUUUGUGUAUGCAGCUGCACAGAGGAAUUCUGCGUUUAUUUCGGCACGAUUCUGUGCUGCCACGGCAGCAGACUACUUCGAGGUCGACACCGGCCACGCACGCAAAAUGCACGGCGUCGACACCCUCGAGAUUUUGCCCAACUUUCUCGCCAAAGCCACACAAAUCUUCAACAUGCGGGACACCAACACUCCUCCCGCUCUAGCCGAUACCACCGACAAUACCCUCCUCUUCCGCAUCCUCGACGCCGCCUUCCCUUCCUCCCAGAAGCCGCUCAUCUCCGAGAUCCUAAACCGCAGCGGCACCGAAACAGGUACCAUCCUCUCCAGCCUAUCCCCCCAUGAGCGCGGCGUGCUUCUGGGCCAGGCCCUGGCCAGCAUCGUGCUGUUCCUGCACCGCGUAGCCGACACACAGUGGCCCUACAACCACGACACUGCUGCCGCGGGGGCUGAGGCCGUUGCGCCACUGGCCGGCUCAGCCACGGCACACAGCCACACGGUGACGGCGCAGGUUGUCGACCGCACGCUGCAGGGCAUUAAGACGGGGCCAGGCAAAGACGAGGUGCUGCAGGCCGUGGAAGGCAGUCGAGUUUUCACAACGUGCACGCAUCGGAAGGAUAUUGCGGACCUAAUUGUGCAGGCUGUGGAGAAGGGGGAGAGGGCGGAGCGCGGGGUUCAGGCGAAGGAGCAUGGGCAUGAGGGGGUUGGGCAGAUGACGCACUGGCUGACUUUUGAGGAUGAGGGUAAGAAGCAGGAGAUGUCGCUCAGCUUUGUCAAUGAUAAGAGCACGGAUGAUGUGAUACUGCCUUGCGGGUUGACGAUAUUGCCUCUGACUUAG